AUGAUGUGGCAGAUUAUGACUGGUUCUUAUUAUAGAGUAUCACCAGAUCAAGGCGAAACAAUGUCGUCGUCUCUAACUGGUAAGCUGGAGGCUUAUGUGGAAGUCAAGGCUUCUGCCGAAAUGUUUAUGGAUAUGCUCUGCAACAGACCGCAUCAUGUAUCCAACGCCUGCUCUGACAAGGUGCAAGCAUGUGAUUUACAUGCCGGUGACUGGGGAAAGGAGGGUUCCAUCAUCUGCUGGAGUUAUGUUCAUGAUGGGGAGGCUAAAAUUGGGAAGGAAAUAAUCGAAUCGAUAGAUCCAAAGAACCACUCAAUCACUCUCAGACUGAUUGAAGGAGACCUCUUGAAGGAGUACAAGAGCUUCGUAGUCAAAGUUCAAGCUACUCCGUCUCCAAAGGGCGAGGGCUGCGUAGCGCACUGGGUUACUGAGUACGAAAAGCUGAAUGAGGACGUUGCACAUCCGGAGACCCUGAUGGAGUUACUAGCCGGAAUCUGUAAAGAUAUGGAUACGCACCUCACCCAAGCAUAACAGUUACGGUGGUUCUUUUUCUGUUUA